UUGCUGCCUUUUUGCUUGAAAAAAAAAUGGGAAGAGUAUUACGAAAGAUAACCAAAAGAGAUUGGUUAAAAGAUAAUAUUGAAUUGUUAAGAAAUAAUAAUAGUGAUCAACAGACCAAUACUCCGUUCUCCAAAUGGCUCGAAAGAAGCGCAUGUGAAGAACUUGGAAUAAAAUACAGGAAAGGAAGAUUUACUAAACAAGAAAAUGAGACAUUAUACAAAGCUUUACAAGAAUACAAAAAAAGACACAAUCUUAACGAUGAUCAAUUACGGGAUCUCAUGUUUUACAGAAAUGAAAAAGAUCAUGCCUCAUUCUGGAAAGAAAUAGCUGCUCCACUGCGUGUUCGUUCAUUGAAAGCUGUAGCACAGCAUAUACAGCGUCAUCAUCAUGAAUUCAAUUAUCGUGGAUUAUGGAGUCAAGAAGAAGAUGAACAAUUGAAACGACUUGUCCAAAUAUACGGACGAGAUUGGACAACAAUAGGGAAUCAACUAAGACGCAUGCCAGCAAUAUGUCGAGAACGUUUUGAUAUUUUCCUUUUGCAUCGAGACGAGUACAAUCGAGGAAGAUGGUCAAAAGAAGAAGAAGAACAGUUAAUAAAAAUAGUUGUCGAUAUUUCCAAACAAAAUAAUGAAAAUGUUACUUUAGAUUGGGGAAUUCCGUGGGCACUAGUUGCCGAAGCCAUGGAAUAUAAAAGAUCAGAACUCUCUUGUCGAAGUAAGUGGGUUAAAGAAUUGAGACUUAGGUACGAACUUGAUGAGGAUCGAGGUACAAGAUGGACUAGCUAUGACAGUUAUAUGCUUUGUAAAAGAUUGAAAGAAUUGAAUGAGACAGAUGAAUAUUUGAUAGAAUGGGGCAAUCUAGCAGAUGAAGAAUGGGGACCUUGGCCCCAUGAAUUCUUGUGUGAACGUUGGCGUCAUUUAAAAUACACUGUAAAUGGUUUCAGAGAGAAAGACUUUCAAGGUAUUAUAUUUAAAAACAACUCAUAUUUUAUUCAAAUACUUGCUAACAUUCUUUUUUUUAGAAAUUCUUUAUGAAUUAUUAUACAGGUAUAGAGAUAAGAUACCCGAAAAGCCAAACCGACCAAAGUCUGCUCCAACUAUCAAUUCAGAAGAUGAUAUUAGUAGUAGCGAUAAUGAUGAUAAUGAUAACUUAAGUAAUCAUAGUAAUAAUGAUAAUAGUAGUGAUGAUAGUAGUGAUGAUAGUAGUAGUGAUAAUGAUAGUAGUGAUGAUGAUAGUAAUGAUAAUGAUAGUGAUGAUGAUAGUGAUGAUAAUAGUGGUGGUGAUGAUAAUGAUGGUGAUGAUAGUAGUAAUGAUGAUAAUGAUAAUCACGAUAGUAGUAAUAAUGAUAGUGGUGGCGAUGAUAGUGUUGAUAGUGAUAGUGAUGCAAUGAUGAUAAGUGAUAAUGAUGAUGAUAAUGAUGAUGACGAUGAAAAUGAUGAUGAAAAUGAUGAUGAUGAUGAUGAAAGUAACAGUAAUAGUGAUAAUAAUAUAAGUAGCAAUGAUGAUGAAUAAA